AUGUCGACCUCAUCACUCAGCUCUCUACCUCCCUCCGAUUUCCGAUCCGCUCCAUCUUCUGAUACGCUAGACAUCCCACCUCCUAGACCAGCACCUAAACGGACAUAUGGAAGGGCACGACCCGCUUCGCCACCACCCAUCACUGAGUUGACAUCAUCAUCUUCGUUCUCAUCCACCUUCAAUCCUCCUGUACAAACAUCACCUUCAAAGGCACUACUCGAUAGAUGGUCUUCGGCUAAUCAAAGUUGGCGAGAUGAUUUAUCAAAACUCGACGCCCCAUCUUCUGAUAAACAAGAAGAAGACGAAGAAGCCAUCAGGAAAGAAAUGGAGAGACUGAGAAGACAAGCCCGGGGUAUAGUCAUUCGUGAUCAACCCACACAAAUCCCACAGCCAAAAAGCAUUAAUCUUGGUGUUCCAAAAGCUGGUUUGGGUGCAACAUUCAGUUCAUCUUCCUUAACGUCAAUUCCUACUACUGUACAAACUUCGCCUCCUCGUUCUUCUCCUCCGUUCAGAUCGUCGCCUCCACCAGAAAGGAGACUGCACGUACAAUCCUCUGAAACCGAGAAUGCUGAAGAAACAAUGUUUCCAGUCAGAAAAUCAGGCAUGAGUGGAAGACCAAAAAGGAUCAUAAUGUCUGAUGCAGAAGAAUCAGACGAAGAUGAACCCCCUUUAUUCGUCAGGAACACUUCAACUUUAAGAAGUCGUUCACCUGAAGAUUUGUCUACUACUGAAAAAGGAAGCUCGCCUCCUCCUGCAAGGCCAAUGAGCCCAGCGUCGUCCAAUGCCAGUGCCGACAACUACAAUGAUACACGUGACAAGGAGAAUAUGGCAGACUUUCUAGAUGAGCUAGCUGAAGAUGAUGCCAGAGCUGAGAAAGAGAGAGAACAGGAAAAAGAGCUUGAAGAGCCUUCCAAAUCACAUGCUUUAGAUGGCUUGGAUGACUUGUUUGAUGAUAAUGAUGAAACGCCUCGCAACAAGAAGAAGCAUAGACAGCCUAGGGGACUAAACAGAAUUGAUAAAGCUGAGAUGGAGAAAGACAUCGCUCGUGCGCAGAGAGAACGUCCUGUCGCUUUUUCCCGACCUGAGACCACCCAUCUGCCGAUAUCAGCAUGGUUACAACAGGCCAACGUAGCAGUCAAGCCAAAGCAAUCUCCUGAGAUCAAAGCUGCGGUGCCAGGUUUGACAUUUGCCAAUUCACCCAAAACAUCGCCCAGUCACCUCACACCUCCCGACGAUGAUAUUAUCGGAUUUACCCCUUCAUCGGGUCUGCGCCAUCCGUUGAAUACCGCAUCCACAUCAAAAAUCUCCAUUGACAACCCUAACACCCCGACCCCUGCACCUAGUAGGAAGGACAAAGGGAAGCACAAGGUGGUCGUACCUGGGACAUCUGAAGGGGUGGAAGCAGAUGAAGAUGAAGAGCAAGACUUCUCCACUUUCAUGGAUCACGAAAGAGUUCGCGACGCAGAAAAGGCGGAUCGAGCAGCACGAAAGAAAAGGCUGGAUGAAAUCAAGCAGCUUGCAUUGAAGCAACGAGACACAAUAUUGAACCUCGGAUCGACAAACCACUCUUCUGAGAACGAAGAUGAAUUCGAAAUUGAACUCGAAGAAGAAGAGAUCUUCCCUAAACAAGAACCACAAGGUCGGAUAAUCGGGGCUAAGGCUGUAUUAUCUAAAUCUUCCGGCAAGCCUGUGAUCUCGAAACAGAAACAAGGAUAUUUAGCUAGAGCAGGUAAAUUACAUAAAGCUAAACCUCAACAUGAUGUCAGCGAGACAUAUGUCGAGUUUGCUGGUAAAGCUUUCUCCCAUGCGAAUCAAAAACAAUUGAAUGGAGGAUCGAAACCUGCCGGACAGAAGAAAGGUAGAGAAGAAGUGAUUUCUCAAGAUGCCAUGGAAAGGGCUAUUAGGAUGAAACAUCACCAACAAGUGAUAGCUUUGGCUCGAAAGAGAGAAGAAGAGUUUGGGAGAAAACGAGUUUUACCUCAGAGAGUGGAGCGCGAUAUCGAAGCCUUAGUAGAGUCUACACUGGAUCAAGAGAAAGAGGGAUCCGAAGACGAAGACGAGGAUGAAGAUUACAAUCCUGAAGCAGAGGAUGAAGAUGGAGAAGAAAGGAUGGUCUGGAGUGGUGAAGAAGCCGAAGAGGGAUCUGAUGAGGAUGAGGAGGGCACUGAAAAAAGUGCAAAAGAUGGACAAGGGGAGAAAGAGAAUGAAGUGAAAGUUACCGCUUCAAUCGCUCUUGAUGCGGACGAUGACGACGAAGAUGUCACACCCAUGCCGAAAAGGAAACCUCGAGCAUCCGCAAGAUUUGCUUUCGAUUCCGAUGACGAAGAUGCUCAAUCGAGAAUACGAUCUUCACCUUCCGUUCAAAGAACCCCAUUAGCGGAAGUGCCUGCUCCUCAGUCUACAAUCAAAGCAGCUCAAGAAGAUGGAUUUGGCGGAUUUGAUCUAGCUGGAUUUGGAAGCGGGAGUGGAAGUCAGGGGGGCUUUUCUCAAUUGUUCGAUGCCACUCAAGCUGGAGCGCAGACCGGCAGCGAGCAGGACAUCUUCGCUGCUUUACGAGCCGCUGAGCCCAUCGGACUUUUGCCUGUCAACGCAAUGCUACCGGGUGUAAACAUCUCCGACACUCAAGUUGAAAGGGAUAACAAUCUUAUUGCUGUUGAAAUAGAGAAUGCUGCUAUGGACAGAAUGCACGAGAUGAAUAGGCCCAAGAAACAAUACAUCAAUGAGAAAGGUCUGUUUACGCAAACUAGACCCGCUGUGAUCUACGAUGAGGAUACCCAAAUAUCGGAUAGCAGACGUCAUUUGGGUGGAUUGUCGGAUUUUUCAGUUUAUGGGACCGCACCUUUCGGUAAAACGCAAACUCAAACACAGACUCAGACGGAUACACCUUUUAGAAACAAUUCAACUGGAAUCCUUCAACCAACUCCAACUCAAGAAGACGGGACUUUAUUCACAAGACUUCGAAGAAGAUUGUCAAAUCCUGAUGAAGAAUCCUUAACAUUACCUCUAUCACCUACUCAGCCUGCUGCUAACCUUAGACCUAAAAAUGCAUUUGAAACGUUGAUGUCUGCAGCUAAAAAACCUGCAGCUAGCUCGAAAGGGAAAAUGAAAAGUAAAAUGGUCGACGAACAAGCAGAAGAAAGUGAUGAAGAUGAUGGAUGGGGUAUGAACCAGGGGGGUAAUGAAGAAGAGGAUGAUGAGGAGGAAGAUGGAUUCGUAGAAGGUUUGGUCGAUGAUCAAGAGAUUGAUGAAGAAGAGAAGCGAAAACAGGAUGAAUUGGCAGCGGCAAAAAAUAGAGAAAUACAAGCAGCCGACGAUGCGAAAGCUGAAGCUGCAGCGAGGGCCAUUACUGCCGGUGAACAUAGACAGAAGAGGAAAGGUCGGGACUUCGUUGAUGGAGAUGAAUCAUCGGAUGAUGAGAAGAUGAGCAGCAAAAUGAGAAAAAGAUUAAGGAAGAAGAGAAAGCUUGCAGGCGCAGACGGACUGGAUAAACUUGAUGGAGAGGAGAAUGUGUUCAAGCAAGCUUACGAACAAGACCUAAUGUCUGAUGAAGAUGAGGUUGAUGAAACCCCUUAUUUCUCUCCCGAACGACUGAAUAAAAGUCUUGUCAUGGAUCAGCACGUUGAUAACUCUGAGAGGGAGGUUUCUCCACCACCCAUCAAGAGGACUUUCAGGGAAGUGAGAGAUAUGAUAAAGCAACGUGCAGAGUUGAAUCGAGGUAAAACCACAGAAGAACUCUUCGCGGAAGACGCGGAUGACGAUGAUCUGUCACUUGAAUCCCAUCCUCGAGCACUCAAAAGAAGAGAUACGUUUGUUGACAACGAUGAUGAUGAUGGAGACCAGGUCAUGGUUGAGCAAAAUGGGUUUUCGAUUUCGAGAACCGUCAGAACGUUUACCAGUAUAUCUAAAUCUGUCGAUCAGAACGGUAUCAAACCCAAUAGAUCAUUAGCAUCUUACGCCUCGUACGUACAAGAAGAAUCACAAGUGACUAGAAGAGUUGGAGGUGGUGCUUCUGGGGUAUCAGUUAUAAGACCACAACAGUCAUCGAGGUCUGUAGGAGGAGGAGCUGGACAAUAUCCAUCGAGAUCAAAUAGUUUGAACUGUCAUAAUGGUAGACCUCCACCAAUCCCUCAUCCUCAUAGAUCAAAUACGAAUAAUAGUAAUUCAAGUGGAAGUGUCUUGUUAAGUAAAGGGAAUAAAUUUGCUUAA